AGGAGCUUGUGGGCGUGGAGGAUGGUGAUUAACACCGUAGAUUAAAUAAAAUACCACCAUGACAAUCAAUCAUAGAGAUUAAAAACUAAAUGCUUAACAUUGACACAUGAUGCUAAUGUAAUGCAAGCUGUCUGUCCGUGAAACGGGUUUUCGUUAUUCAAAUCGUGACCUCCAUAAAUCUCAACCUUCAAAAUUUCAACAUUAAUUUAUAUGUGUUGUUCAUCUCAAAUUCUGGCGAACAGAGGAGAAUUCAAAGGCUAUGGAAGAUGACAGAGGGAUUCUCCUGCAAGUGAACAAGGAGGAGAACGCUAGCUACUUGCUCAACGAUGAAGCUGAAUUGAGGAAGAUUAGAUCAUACAUCAGAUGGGUUUACGUUGAUCAAUCCAACGUUUGCAAAACUGUUUUCACAUGUUCUGUUUUCUUCACCUUGGCUUUUGUUGUCCCCAUUUUGUCUCACUUUCUGCUUUAUUGUCCUUCCACCUGCGACCCUGAUCAUAGUCGACCGUACCAUAUUCCGGUGCAGAUUUCGCUCACCGUGUUCGCCACCCUCUCCUUCAUCAGCCUUUCUAGCUGGGAUCGGAAGUAUGGUUUGAGCAAGUUUCUCUUCCUGGAUAAAGUUGGAGAUGAAAGCCUCAGGAUUCAGCGAGGAUAUGCACAACAGAUGAAGGGAACCAUGAAUCUCAUCUUGCGUUGGGGGCUUCCAUGUUUCAUAGCUGAAUGUGCCUACAAGAUAUGGUGGUACGCCUCCGGUACAUCUCAAAUACCAUAUUAUGGUGAAAUAUACGCGAGCAGCAUCAUUCUGGGCACAUUGGAGCUAUGUUCUUGGCUUUACCGAACCUCCAUUUUCUUCUUGGUUUGUGUCCUCUUUCGACUUAUCUGCUACCUGCAAAUACUCAGACUAGAUGACUUUGCUCCAGUAUUCCAGAGAGAAACUGAGGUGGGCACAAUCUUGUUGGAACACCUAAAAAUAAGAAGGAAUCUUCGGGUCAUCAGCCAUCGUUUUCGAGCUUUCAUCUUGGCUUCUUUGCUUUUGGUGACAGCUAGCCAGCUCAUUUUUCUGCUCAUGGCUACAAGAACCGGUGCUGAUGUUGAUAUCCUCAAGGCUGGAGAGCUUGCGUUAGUCUCCAUCACCUUGGUGAGUGGACUUUUCAUACUCUUGCGAAGUGCAACUAAGAUCACACAUAAAGCACAAUCCAUUACAAGCCUUGCUGCUAAGUGGCAUAUAUGUGCCACCAUAAACACUUUUGACAACCUUGAUGGAGAGACACCAACAACACAAAGAGCUUCAGCCCAAGCUAUGGCUCCCCAUAUUAAUUGGGGAUCAUCGGAUGACGAGGUAGGAGAUGAAGAGGAUGAGUUGGAUAACACAAAAUUGCUGCCAAUUUACGCACAUACCAUUUCGUUCCAUAAGAGGCAGGCUCUAGUGACAUACAUGGAGAACAAUAGAGCAGGAAUCACAGUGUUUGGCUUCAUGCUUGACAGAACAUGGCUCCACUCCAUUUUUGCUAUUCAAUUGGCUCUUUGCCUUUGGCUCCUUAACAAGACAGUGGGGAUUUAGAGACAGAAAUGAAUUUCUUUGAUGUGAUCCUCCUUCCUUGUGCAAUAUGCGUUAUAUGUACGUAUUUUGAAUAGUUUACCAGUAUUCAGUUCAUUUGGAUCUGAGAGAUCUGGUAAUGAUAUAUGAGAUGUAAAUGAUUCCCGUUUGCUCCACAUAUUGCUGAGACUGUUGGAAAUGUGUCUGCAUCAUCUACAACUCAGCAAGUCAAGUCCUCACAUCAGGUAAGGAUGGCCUAGAAUCAAUGGAUACCAUAAAUAUUACUUACAAAUUACAAUGUAUAGAGUUUUUACCAUGAAUUUAUGCUGAGUAUGAGUACUGCAGUAUUCAAUCUUAUCACAAUAGGCCUCGGGUAGGAAGGACUCUUUGAUCUACCCCUUCUCUCUAUGUUGUUGUAAUAAUUACUGAAUGGUUUGAUGAUGUGUUCAGCAGUUCACUGAAAACAAAAGUCUUCCUUUGCUAAGUAAUGUAGUAGAUGUUUUUUUUA